CGGAGCCCAGAGCAGGGUUACCGCGCCCAUCUCUGCUGUUUGAUGGCCGGAGGAAGCGACUGAGCUGCUGUGGGCGAGAAGAAAGAAAGAAAGAAAGAAAGAAAGAGCAGGAGAGAACGACAGAAGGAAAGAAAAGGAAGGCUGCGUUUUGGACAGGGGGCUGGAGUACGUUUGAGGCGGCAGCAGAAGAGCUUCGGUUCGUUUUACUGCAAAAUUAGCAUUUUUCCUGGCCGCCCCGUCUUCGCGCCUGUGUGCCGGUGUGCGUAUCGAAAAGCUGGGUUCGGGGAGUGCCACUCCUCGGGUAGCCUGUUAGCUCGUCUGCGCGCUGGUCGGAGAGACGGGGGAGUCUGGCUUCGCUGUUUCCAGUCAAUGCGAUAUAAACAACGGACGCCCACGACUGAAAACGGAUCAGUGAGUAACCCAGCGCGAGGCAGGAGUGAAGUACAUCAUUUAGCAGAGGAAAAUGAGCGAACUCGACCAGCUACGUCAGGAGGCUGAGCAGCUGAAGAACCAGAUCAGAGAUGCGAGGAAAGCAUGUGCAGAUGCCACCCUGUCUCAGAUUACAGCUAACAUAGACCCCGUCGGACGAAUUCAGAUGCGCACUAGACGGACACUGAGGGGUCACUUGGCUAAAAUCUACGCCAUGCACUGGGGCUCUGACUCAAGGCUCCUAGUCAGUGCUUCCCAGGAUGGUAAACUUAUUAUUUGGGACAGCUAUACCACAAACAAGGUGCAUGCCAUCCCGCUGCGCUCCUCAUGGGUGAUGACAUGUGCAUAUGCUCCGUCCGGCAACUACGUGGCCUGUGGUGGCCUGGACAACAUCUGCUCCAUCUACAAUCUGAAGACCCGUGAGGGCAACGUUCGCGUCAGCCGUGAGCUGGCUGGCCAUACGGGUUAUCUGUCCUGCUGUCGUUUUCUGGACGACAACCAGAUCGUCACUAGCUCAGGCGACACCACCUGUGCUCUUUGGGACAUUGAAACUGGGCAGCAGACGACCACCUUUGCAGGGCACACUGGUGAUGUGAUGUCGCUGUCCCUGGCUCCAGACACGCGUCUGUUUGUGUCAGGCGCCUGCGAUGCCUCUGCCAAGCUAUGGGACAUCAGAGAAGGCAUGUGUAGACAGACCUUUACCGGCCACGAGUCCGACAUCAACGCCAUCUGCUUCUUCCCCAACGGGAAUGCGUUCGCCACGGGCUCGGAUGACGCCACCUGCAGGCUGUUUGACCUGCGUGCCGACCAGGAGCUGAUGGUGUACUCCCAUGACAACAUCAUCUGCGGCAUCACCUCCGUGGCCUUCUCCAAGAGCGGCCGCCUGCUGCUUGCUGGCUACGACGACUUCAACUGCAACGUGUGGGACACCCUCAAAGCUGACCGUGCGGGUGUCCUGGCAGGCCAUGAUAACCGUGUUAGCUGCUUGGGCGUUACUGAUGAUGGAAUGGCAGUGGCAACAGGUUCUUGGGACAGUUUCCUUAAGAUCUGGAAUUAAAGCCACAAGAUGGCAUCCGGACUCCAAAGUUGACUGGAAGACCAUUCCAACAUCGAAAUGUUCAAUUUUAUUGCAUAUCCAAUCUUCUCAAACACAACAGAACUGACCCCAUUAUCUGAAGAAACAACAAAAGGGCAAAAGUUAAUCUCCUUCCCAUAAAAAAGAGCACAAUUGUUUCACUCAGCCAGAUCACAAGGAAAUCAGUG